CUUUUGCUGUCGCCUUCCUCCCCUUGCCUUCCCUGUGUCCUCCCCUCCCUCGCGCCGCAAAAAACGCCGGAGGGAGGAAGAGAGAGAGAGAGAGAGAGAGAGAGAGAGAGAGAGGGCCAGGCUGAGCUUACUGGCGGCGAGCUGGAGAAGAAGGAAGGAGCAUGGCCAUGCCGGCGGCGCUGCUUCUCUUCCUCCUAGUCCUCUCCGCCUUCGAGGCCGGGGAGCUUCCACGCUGCUCGGCUGCUGCUGCAGGUAAACCGGCAGUCCUCGUCCAUGAUGACUUGAGUCCGGUUCAAGACACCAGCCCCAUCGCAACAGUCCCCUCCACGAACCCGUCGCCCGCCAUCAUCACCGUGCCUUCCACGAAUCCCACCAUCACCAUCCCUUCCUUGAACCCUCUGCCCACACCCAUCACAGCCCCCUCAACAAACAUCCCUUCUCCUUCCACCAUGCUGCCGCCGGUUCCGGUCAUAUAUCCGCUGCCAACGCCGUCAACAUCCUCCCCACCAGCUGUGCCGGUCACCAAUCCUGCUGUCACCACGCCUUCCACGUCCCCUCCGUCGACACCAACACCAUUCAACAACCCACCAUUGUUGAACCCAACGCCGACCCCUGCUCCUACAGUCACGGCCCCAGCUGCUUCAGGCCGGGAGGUCUGGUGCGUGGCCAAGGCUGCUGGCUCAAGUGAAGCCGCGCUUCAGAACGCGUUGGACUACGCGUGCGGCAUUGGAGGAGUAGAUUGUUCGGCGAUUCAGCCGUCAGGGAGCUGCUACUAUCCGAAUACCAUCCAAGCCCAUGCAUCCUACGCGUUCAACACUUAUUACCAGAGAAACCCUGUUUCUUCCAGCUGCGACUUUGGGGGGACGGCAAUGCUCGUCACUGCUAAUCCAAGCUCUGGGAGCUGUGUCUUUGCAUCAUCAUUGCCAUCGUCGUCAAGCUCUACUGUUGGAUAUGAUCCCGCGUCCACGGCUACUCCAUCGUCACCGUCGUCUGGUUCCGACUCGGGAGCACCCGUGCUGAAUGCCAGUGGGGCAGGUUCUUCUGAAUCAUCAGAUUUUGGCUUUGACAUCCCAGGAGCUGUCAAUUUGGGCAGCGGUUGGAGGUCAGUCUCACCACCCAACUGGCCCUGGGCAGCCCUGGUCUGGAUUCUAGUAGCAUUGUGUGUGCACAAAGAAGGGAUGGUCUGAAAACCUGUGAGAGCAUCUGCAGUAUUUUGGAGACAGAUUGCAAAGUAGCCAGGUGGUGUAGAGACCAGUAGAGAGCUACAAAGCUAGAGAAUCGGACCUUAGCAUGGCUAAGUUUAUCGAUGUAUGUAUGAAGUAUGGUGCUCCAGUUCGUAGUAGCAACUGGGAACUGAUGUAGUCCUGAUGGAUGGACUUGGACUCACCCUGAUCGGUCACUCAGGCACUCUGUAGUGUAGAUGUAGGCAUGUAGCUGCUGCUAGUAGUAGUAGUAAUGCAAGUACUGCUUUGCAUCGU